AUGGACGAAUAUGACCCAGAAGAACGAAUUAACGAGCAAGAAAUGGAAGUCAACGAUCAGUCGCCCACACGAGAGCAGCGUAAGGCCGCACGACGCUUCGAGAAGUUCGAAAGAAGAGCCAUAAGGAACCGCAUAGCCCAUCUCGACCAACUCCUCGCACGCGCGAGGGAGAAUGCAUACAAAGCUCAUCACCGCGCGGCCGAGCUGAGCAACGAGGUCGAAGAAGAACGACCAGCCCUUAUCGAGGCCUUGCUUCCAUACGAAAGGCGCAAAGCCGCAAGAUCGAAGCAAAGAGCUAGAGACCAACACCUAAAGAUGCUUGACCGGCUCUUCCGCCUGCCGAGAGAGAUCCGCGAUCUGAUAUACCACCACGCCUGGAGCGGCACGAUAAUCCCGUUCUACCAAGAGCUAACCUGGAACUUCGCGGAGCACAAUCUAAUGCCCCAGGGCCCAGUCAUUACGGCUGAGUAUUCAUCUACUGGUACAUACAGGGCAAGUCUCAUGUCGCACUCGGAACUGGUAACACCAGUGAACGGAGGGCCCUGCAAGGGACUUAGACACGCGCAAGAGUACGCGUGGAUUUGGACGAGCCGGCAGAUCUACGCGGAGUCUACGGAGCAGUUCUAUCGCUACACCCAGUUCACACGACCAGUGCGGGCUGAGAGACAUUACUAUCACAUGUGCGCGCACAUCGUUCCGAGACGCAAAUUGUAUGAGUCGACAUACGCCUUCCCGAAUAUCCUCCUCGCACGCCGCGUGCUGCUCGAUGUAGGAUACGAAAUAAGCCUUGACGUCCCCAACUACGGCAUAUCGGCCUCGAUUCUGGAACUGCUGGCUAUGGCGAAAAAAGGGGGUGAGAAGAAGGCGCUGCAGGUGAGUUGGAUAAGCAAUCUGGCGGAUACGAAAGCUUUUCAUCUUAAGGAUUUGGUUCCGGCGAGUACGCCGCACUCUAUGGCUAGUAGAGCGUUUGAUGAGCUGGUGUUGAAGGAUUUGGAGAGGGUGGGCUGGGAGAUUGCGGUUGAUGAACGGGAAACGUAA